AUAGUAGCUACUUACUUAGAUAUCACCUUGUGUGUUUUGUCAGGUUUCGUAAAACAGUCAGCGGAAGAAGCAAGUGAAUGAUGCGUUCAAAACAACUGGGAACUCUGAAAAAUAUGUGGUAAAAUCAUGAAGUCAGUGAUCUUCAGGUCGGAAUAUCGGAGCUCUAGAAAGAGGCCCGAGUUCCCGACUUGGAAUUCCGAGUUGGAUGACCUUUCAAAACCUUUCAAAACGAUUUAUCCCAUUCGGAGCUCGUUUUUAUUCGAGUUCCCAGUUGUUUUGAAUGCACUAAAGUCGGAAGUCUGAGAUUUCUGAGUUCCCAGUUGUGUGAACGCGGCAUCAAUCUAGGGGGAUCGAUUUAGACGUCAUCACCGGAAGUGGCGUUUAGAUUAGUGUGGCAAGCUAGCUACAAAACAUAUGAUCUAAUGUCUGAUUACCAAUUCUAUGGAAAUGUUUUUUUUUAUUUGAAGUUGACAAGCUAUAUAGUAACCAGUGGAAUAAUUUGCAGUCCUCACCGCGUUCGUGACAUGUACUUUGUCUGUACAAACCUGUUGCUUCCAAAUGUGAAUCUUUAGUAGAGCUAGUAUUAGCUAGCUUGCUAAUACUGUACCACAGAUAGAACAAUGAGGUUUAGUUAUAAAAAUAUUUGACUGUACUGUCCUUGCUACCAGUCUACUUGCUCCAACUCAACUGUCACAACUUUCUCUGUAUCGAGAGUUCUCCAACACCAACAUGGAAAAUGACUUCUCAACCUUGUCAGGGUGUGGACAAGACUAGUAAACGAAUGGCUCCUUUCUGAAACCAACACUGCACAAGAAGGAUCCAGCAUGUUAAACUCAGGGUUCAUCCCCAUAUUCUACGAGCUGUGACAAUAACAGGGCUUCUGCACUCAUCUGUGGGAGUUACAGCAUGGGUAUCCUGAGGGUUCUAGUCAACACUAUGGGUAGAGUCAGCACCUUCAGGUCCUAUCAGUUUGUCCUCCUCCUCACAGCAGCGCUGGCCGUUGUAGCCUUCUACUUCUUUGGCUCGGAGAGGCAUGAUUUCUCCAGCACCACCAAGCGCAUCAAGCAGACCCAGGCCAGCCACAACGCCAACCGGAACGAUGCAGACCUUUCCCUGGACACCAGGCUGAUGCACCCUGAGGGAGGAGAGGUGGUGAGGGAUGGGGAGGAGGAGGGCGAAGUUAGGGCUAGGAGGGCGGACAGUGGACAUGAGGUCAGCCAGUACUACCAUGCCCUCAUGAUGUUCACCAAGGUGGACAAGAGCCGAAGCCUGCAGGAGAAGUUCCGGGUGGCCAUGUUAUCCAUGGCGAAAUACGGCCUCUUCCUGGACGAAGAGGUGCUGGUCCUUCAUUUUGUGAGCGAUGAGGCCAGCCGAGAGCUGGGCGAGAGGAUGCUCCCAGAGCUGCUCCUCGUCGGAACGUUUCAGUAUGAGGUGGUGUUCCAUGACGUGGCGGUCCUGAGCCAGAAGCUCUUCCCCAUCGUGGAGGCCAUGCAGAAGCACUUCAGUGCCGGCUCCGGGGCCUACUAUAGUGACGCCAUCUUCUUCCUGUCAGUGGCCAUGCACCACAUCAUGCCCACAGAUCUGCAGCGCAUUGUACAGCUGGACCUGGAUCUGAAGUACAGGAGCAACAUCAGGGAGCUGUUUCUGGAGUUUGAUCGCUUCCCUCCCGGAGCUGUGAUCGGCAUCGCCCGAGAGAUGCAGCCGGUAUACAGACACACCUUUUGGCAGUACCGUAAGGAGAACCCUCAGUCCCGUGUGGGUGAGCCUCCUCCCGAUGGCUUGCCGGGCUUCAACAGUGGUGUGAUGCUGCUGGACCUGGAGGCCAUGCGGACCUCGGCCCUCUACAACCAACUCCUGGAGCCCAGAAACGUGGCCCAGCUGGCUGACCAGUACCGCUUCAGGGGCCACCUGGGGGACCAGGACUUCUUCAGCAUGAUCGGCAUGGAGCACCCAGGGCUGUUCCACCAGCUGGCCUGUGGCUGGAACCGCCAGCUGUGUACCUGGUGGAGGGAGCAUGGAUAUGGGGACGUGUUCCAGCUCUACUACCGAUGUGAGGGGCCGGUGUAUAUCUACCAUGGAAACUGUAAUACGCCCAUACCCGAUGACUGAGUUGGGACCUCGUAAGGUGUUUCCCUAAAUGGUGGGUCUGCACUCUGGUGUUUUGUGGUUAACUAAUUGGAAGUCGUGGCUCAAGACUGGGGUCUGGAGAGAAAGGAGAUAUUUGCUAAAUAACUUUCUGGGUCACAACAAAACUCAAAAAAUACCUUAGUUUGGCCAUGUGGCAACAAAAGUUUUGGAACCAAAACCAUUUCUGUACUGUACUGUAAACAUUGCUCCCACUCCUGCCCCCUGCUGGACAGGUGUGCAAUACAGACAGUAUAAGGCAUCUCACUCACUCCACUAAUGUUAAGUGAUGCUAAUGACGAACGUGGAACAUAAAGGGACCUUGCUGGUGAAAAUGGUCCAUUUGCCUAAUGUCAUACUUCAUUCUCUCAGUUCACUUUUUGGGAACAUUCAAUGUUCUUGAAACAUUUUGGACUGCGGUACAAAAAAGAAUGGUUAACGUGCAUAAGAGAAAGAUGGAAAACCUUCACCAACAAAAAUAACUAUUUUCGUUGAAUAUUCCUGACAAACUGUAAUCAUACCCUGGCGUAAUGUAUGAGAGAAUAUGAGCUGUUUAGUGUGAGUAUUGUAUCUGUGCUAUUGUGUGUUUGUUGUGUAUCAUGGUAGUCUGUCUGUCUGUGUUUGUCUGUCUCUCCUGUCCUUUCCCACUCUCUGUCACAGUCUUUCUCUUUUCUCCCUCUAAUCAGCCCUUCUCAGGCGCAAGAUUAGGUGAGGAUUAAUAAUCAGUGCUCAUUCACUGCCCGCCCCGGUGACAUGCUGAGGGGGCUUUGUUUACCAGUGUUGGGGAGUAGUGAACUACAUGUAGUUCAACUAGUAAUGUAACUACAUUUUUCAGUAGCUUUGUGGUAGUUGAACUAAAUUAAAAUCUUGGUAGUGUUUUCAGUAGUUAAUUACUUUUUUUGCCGUGUAGCGGUGU